AAUUGUCCCGUGGAAAGUGAAAGGAACGAUGGGCCCCCCGCGGGCCCCACCGCGAGAUCUGGACCGCCUGCGGGCGUUGUCUCCUCUCUCCCAGCGUUGUCGAAGGUCCCCCACCAUGAAUCCACGCACACCAUUGAUGCUGACUCCCAGGGGAGGGAGCAGUAGUGUUGGUGGAAGCAGCACUACUCCAGUCAGCCGAUUGCAGGCUACAACUCCACAGGCUUCAAAAGCACAGGGCCCAAGAUCAAUCCGAGCCCCUUCCACCCCAGUCAAUUCAAACAAACAAGGUCGUUCUCUGAGAGUAACAAAUACAAGGCCAACCAGGCCAACCACAGCUGUCAUCGCAUCACCUCGAAAAGCCUCAGCUCCUAGCAAGCUAAUUAGUGUUCUAGGAGGGAGUCUUGACAACCUUCCCAGCACAGUUUCUGUGAGAAGAAAGACAUCGGCCCCAGCCAAAACCCUUUCUGGGAAUUCCUCAACCAAUAACUACGGCAAGAAAUCAUCUGUGACUAUAAGUGCAAGAACGAGAAAGACAUCCUCGUCUUCCUCAACUUCUUCAGGGAGUCCUACGGCACGUUGGUAA